CGUCAGUGUCCUGAGUUAUUCUUAGUCCUUCUUCUGUCUCUGUGCGAAUAAGUCUCGUGAUGUCCAGCGAGUGUUUCUUGUGGUGAAGUGGGAUGUGUGAACAGCUUAUGUACGUAUGUGGCCCAGUCUUACAACUAAAUAUUUUGCAUCCUGUUGCAAGAUGCCUACUCUGCUGUGAUCGAAAACAUCUUUUAAAAGUGUUUCGAAAGAUAUGGUUGUACAAGUGUAGACUAUAUAUAUUUGUGUGGCAAUAACAUGGCUUCAUCAGCACCAAUUGUAUCUAAAGAAGCGCUAAGAAAUUUCAGACAUCACUACUUUGUGACACAUUGGGGAAAGAAGGUUUUGUAUAUGUUAUUUGAUUAUAGUUUUCUCCGUGGACAAGCCAAAUCAAUCUUAGAGAUUCUCGAGGAAAAUGACAUACGACGUAACAAGAAAUUAUUAAACAAAGAUGAAAUAAAUAGUCUUGCCACUAAAUCUUCAAAGUGCUUUGACAUCACGCUGAUGAACAAAAUCUUCCUUUAUCUUUGGCAGAAAGGAGUCAAAGACCCUGGUGAUGAACUGAAAGAAUUAGUAAGAAAAAUCAAAGCUGAGAGGGACUGUGUUAGCCAUGAAGAUUGUAGUAUGUCAGAUACAGACUUGGAAAAUAAACUCAGCAAGUUUCAUGUAACACUCAGGGAAACUCUUGACAAAACCGAGUCUCUCUUUCCAGAUCAGAGUGUUGAAAUUGAUCAACUCAAAGCCGAGAUCCGUGAUGCUGUUCCAGAGCUGCUGAGAAAGAUCCGUGAAAACUAUGAUCCCUCAGAGUCAAAGGAUGUGGAGUCCCUUAAGCAGGAAGUAGAAGAUUUCUGGAGUGAGUGUUCUGAACUAGUGCAAAAGUGUUCUCGAGAAGAUGUAUGGUCUCUUUACAAAAGAGUCUGUCAGAUUUUUCCCUUUGACCAGCUAGCUCAGCGUGGUUUUCAAGUCCCAUCUAGUUUCUUUAUUUCCUUAAAAGUGGAGCAUGACAGGCAGUUCAAUGAAAAUUACCGUGGCAUUAGAUGUACCAUUCUAAAGCAGCAAGAAAUUUUUGACACAUAUAAAACGGGAGAUGACCCUGAAGUUUUGAUUAUAUCUGGUGAUGCAGGUUCUGGAAAGACCACAAUUCUUUGUUCCUUUGUAGACCACUGGUAUAAGGAGACAGCAGAUAUACAACAACUCUCAGACUUCCAAACUCAGAAUCGUAACUAUAACAACUUUGAAGACUACCUUAGAAGUUUGCUGAAAGAGACUGUGAAGCGUUAUGAUUUCACUCAUGUACUGUCAUAUAUCAUUGGUUCAAAAUGUCUAAUACUUUGCGAUGGGUAUGAUGAGGUUAAUGGGAAUUCCAAGAAACUCUUUGAAGAAAUGUUAACACUUAAAUGGAAGGACGUAAAGAUUGUCGUGACAACACGUCCAUGGAAUACUAAUGAAUUAACAAAUAUUGUGAACUCUGGAAACCGUAGCAAAGUCAACCUCAAUGUUUUAGGUCUUCAGGAAAGGGAGUUCCACUUGCUCAUAGAAAAACUCACGGACUGCCUGGUGAAAGAUGAUCAAGAACACAAAAAAAUGAAAAUGGAGCUGUCUCAGAAAGUAGAAGAAAUGAGCUAUAGGACUAAAGCACUCCUGAAAACACCACUAAUUUUUACCAUGUUCAUUUUUCUUUACAUUGAUAGUCCAGAUUUAAGGGAUAAACUGAACACCAAGACAUCAAUUUACAUGCAUUUGAAAAAGAACUUAAACAAGAAAAUCAUAAAAGAGACAGGAAUUUCUGAAAAAUCAAUGGAGGAAUUCAAUGAAUUGUACAGAAAAUGGUCUCUGAAAUAUUACAUUGAGAAAAAAUUUGAAUGGACAGAGAGAGAUGUCAAAAACUUUAAAGAGGAGACUAGAUCUCAAAUCAGUUCUCAAGAUGUACUGCAAAACUUUCGUGCUGUCAUGUCAUCCUAUUUCUCUAUAAAGCAUAUAUGUGAUGGUCUACAGAUUGUCAACGUAUACUGCUACGCCCACAGAAGUGAGCAGGAGUUUGCAAUUGCUGCCGACGUCUGUGAUGAGAUAUCAGCUCGAAUGCAGGAAGGAGGGGACUUUCUUCUAGAUGUGGUGCUGCAGUCAAAAGGAUUAACCGAUGCUCCAGUGUCAGAGAACAAUGGUCUGUUUAAGAAAUUAGAAGGAGUCAUUUCCUUCAUACCAGGAAUACUCUACCAGAGAUGCCCCAAGAGUGAUGCAUUAUACAAUCAGAUAAAACACAUUUAAAACCUCUAUGUAACAUACAGCGUCUCUCAACAAACGCACGAUGAGCUCUUAAGAACCAUACAUCGAAACUAGACUGGACGAUCAAGUUUUGCAGUCACACGUGUCACUGCUGGAAAAAACGCGCUUGAAGAAGUCCAUGCGAUUUAUGAGAGCAGAUGGUCUUUUCGCCCUGCCACCCUUACUGUCUCUACUGAAGCCGGGCCAAGUUGAUUUUGAAGAGAUAUGGAGAGAUCUUUCGAAGUUUAAUGAAAUACUAAAAGUUGCCGACGCUCAUGGCAUUAAGACCAAGAUUUCGCUGUGGAUCGAUUUAAAAGCCUCUGCAGCAUUUUAAGGAGAGGUUUCGUUUCCAGUGGAUGAGCUAAGAAUUGAUCUUGUCAACUUCGGGAACACAAUUGAGGACCAGAGCUUAUAUCCCGCCUCGCUCAUGAGAUUAACGGAGCAUUUAAUGCUAGUUUACAAUCUGCAGACAUACACGCAACCCAAAGACGCUGCCGCCGUCGUCAACAGGACGUUCCCAAAAGUCCAGAAAGGAUAUGAUGAUGUUCGCAUUGUCUCGAAUGAAGGUUGUGAUAUAGGUGAACUCAUCCGUAACCUAAACAUCUCACGUCUGAGGUCAAUAGGUGUUCACGCGCGUCGUGAGGAAGUAGAUUGUGAAGACUUGCAAGAGUACUGCAACAAAAAGGAUCUCGGACAUUUGCACGUUUUUUAAUAAUGAGAGUGAAGUUAGAGACUACAUCUUUAUGGAUGAGAGUGAAAAAAAGCUGACUAUGGUUCUUGUGAAAGUCUUUCGGUAACAUACAAACGGUGUCUUUAAUCCUAUAGGUCUUGUUCAUAUGUACAAAAUCUUCAUUAAGAGAGAGAGAGAGAGAGAGAGAGAGAGAGAGAGAGAGAGAGAGAGAGAGAGAGAGAAUUGGUUUUGAGAAAGUCUUUCGAUAAAAUACAAACGGUGUCUUUUAUCCUAUAGGUCUUUUUCACAUGUACAAAAUCUUCAUUAAGAGAGAGAGAGAGAGAGAGAGAGAGAGAGAGAGAGAGAGAGAGAGUUGGUUCUUGUGAAAAUCUUUUGGUAAAUUACAAACGGUGUCUUUUAUCCUAUAGGUCUUUUUCACAUGUACAAAAUCUUCAUUAAGAGAGAGAGAGAGAGAGAGAGAGAGAGAGAGAGAGAGAGAGAGAGAGAGAGAAUUGGUUUUGUGAAAGUCUUUCGAUAAGAUACAAACGGUGUCUUUUAUCCUAUAGGUCUUUUUCACCUGUACAAAAAUCUUCAUUAAGAGAGAGAGAGAGAGAGAGAGAGAGACAGAGAGAGAGAGAGAGAGAUAGAAUUGGUUUUGUGAAAGUCUUUCGAUAAAAUACAAACGGUGUCUUUUAUCCUAUAGGUCUUUUUCACAUGUACAAAAUCUUCAUUAAGAGAGAGAGAGAGAGAGAGAGAGAGAGAGAAAGAGAUUUGGUUCUUGAGAAAGUUUUUCGAUAAAAUACAAACGGUGUCUUUUAUCCUGUCUUUUUCACAUGUACAAAAUCUUCAUUAAGAGAGAGAGAGAGAGAGAGAGAGAGAGAGAGAGAGAGAGAGAGAGAGAGAGAUUUGGUUCUUGAGAAAGUCUUUCAGUAAAAUACAAACGGUGUCUUUUAUCCUAUAGGUCUUUUUCACAUGUACAAAAUCUUCAUUAAGAGAGAGAGAGAGAGAAAGAGAGAGAGAGAGAGAGAAUUGGUUUUGUGAAAGCCUUUAGACAAAAUACAAACGGUGUCUUUUAUCCUAUAGGUCUUUUUCACCUGAUCAAAAUCUUCAUUAAAAGAGAGAGAGAGAGAGAGAGAGAGAGAGAGAGAGAGAGAGAUUGUUUUGUGAAAGUCUUUCGACAAAAUACAAACGGUGUCUUUUAUCCUAUAAGUCUUUUUCACCUGUACAAAAUCUUCAUUAAGAGAGAGAAAGAGAGAGAGAGAGAGUUGGUUCUUGUGAAAGUCUUCCGAUAAAAUACAAACGGUGUCUUUUAUCCUAUAGGUAUUUUUCACCUGUACAAAAUCUUCAUUAAGAGAGAGAGAGAGAGAGAGAGGAGAGAGAUUUGGUUCUUGAGAAAGUCUUUCGGUAAAAUACAAACGGUUUCUUUUAUCCUAUAGGUCUUUUUCACCUGUUCAACAUCUUCAUUAAGAGAGAGAGAGAGAGAGAGAGAGAAUAAGACCUGUCCUUUCACUGCUGAGUCGUGGAAAACGAAGGAACAGGGAAAGUCUAUCAAGAAGGCAGUGCAGGACAAGCAAACUCUGUCAGUGGUGACAGCACCAGACCAGGACCCAUUACUUUAGGAACCCCAUUUCUGAAAAAUUCUGUUUUGGUCAAAUGUGUCCCAUUUUCAGUCCUCUUUCCCUUUGUCUGCUGAACUUCUGAAUUCCUCAAGAAUUGCCUCUUUUUGAGUCUACAACGCAUCAAAUGCACGGAUCGGUAUAACUGCAGCUGUCUGUCAGGCGUUGCUUCUAUAAGACUGAUGUAGUGAAGUCUAUGACAAAAUUAAAUUCUAUAUAAUCUUAGGAGCAAGUGUCAAAGGACAGUUGUUAGAUGCAAUCAUACCAUUCGAGAAUGAUGUCAUUUUUCAUGCAAAACAAAACUGUCAGUCUUAAAGCUUAGACUGGUCUAAAGCCUUUCAAAGGGUUCAUAUAGUUUUUGUCUUUAAAGUAAUGAAGAAAUUUGGUUUACCAGAUGGAUUUGUGGGUCUAGUUCGAGUUUUGUAUAAGGACUGUAAAAGUCGUGCUUUUGUAUUUAAAUGGGUUUAUGAGUUCCCCCUUUUGUAUGAAACGAUCUGUAAGACAGGGCUGCCUGAUGCCAAUGCUGUUAUAUUGUAUAUUUCAAGAACCUAUAUACAGUGUCCAUAAAGUUCCAGUACCAUUACAAGUAUUUGUUGCUUAGAAUGGUUCUGGAACUUUAUGGACACCCUGUUUGUAGGGCAAUAACGAGAAAGGACAAGGUAACAGGGCCAAGCCUUCCUCCACUUUUGAACACCGGAAAAUGGUCUGGGAGAGCAUCAGUAAACCUUUCAUUGGGACCUACUAUCAUGGAAAGGGAGUUUGCCUUGAAAUAAGCUCGUGGAACCUUUGUGGUAAUUGUGAUAAUUGUGAAGACGUUAUGUUUUUUUUUUUUUCGUAGUCACAACACUGACGUACUUCAAAAGUGUGCGAUUCAAUAAUUGUAAGAUAAACAGAGACAAUGUUAAAUGAUCAAAUGCUUUUAUUAGCUCUUGCUAAUUUAGCAGAGGGUAACGUUAAUAACACACCAAGGACAACUGAAGAAGUCUGAUUCCCACUUCUGAAGGAAGGCCGACGGGAGGGACAAAUGAAACUGGAGGCUGAUCUUUCAAGUAUUAUAUAAUACCUUAGUUAUAUAAUUCUGGUACUUAUCAGAGUAAAAGGGAAGGCUAUUUUUUUUUCAAAGAAGUACGAUGCAUCUUUCUUUACAUUGUGACUGAACCCUUUCAAUUAUAGGACGAAAAAGGAUUAUAAUUGUGCCACUGUAUUAGCUGUAGGGUAUUUAUAUGCUGUUUUGGUCAGUCAAAAGAAACAUGACACAAAAGAGGAAACAGAUGCCUUUGUUAAGAGCAAGUUUUGUGAUGAUAGGUAGCCAUUAAAAAAACAAUUACAAACAAAGAAUAGAUCACAUUUUCACAAGAGAGUACCACGUUAUUUACUAUUUUUGAGUAGCCAGUAUAACUUUGUAAGUAACAGUACAGUGAUUAUGGUGUUUUACUGUGUUGAACAAUUCAUUAUAAUUCUGAUUCUGAAUGGUUUGCUCUGUGAAAUGUAAGUAACAGUAUAGUGAUUAUGGUGUCUUACUGUGUUGGACAAUUCAUUAAAGGUUCAAAUGGCAAUGUUUGAUAAAGAAAAAGAUUAUUGUGUUGUAAGUCCUAUUCUGAAUGGUUUGCACUGUGAGAUAUAUCAGCAUAAUGAUUUGUGCCUCGUUAAGAGAUAGGAUGGGGAAUGUUUUCUCCCUCCUUGAUUGGAGGCAGUUCUAUUUUUGUAUUCUUUGGUAAAUGUUUCGGCAGUUACCAUGUCAACAAUGUCAACAACUUUGAGCUGCUUUUGUGUACCUAGUAUUACCAUUUGUUGUGAUGAUUUUGUACAUAACUGUAGUACUUGAAUGUCAUUAAAAUUCUUUUGUGUACACAUAUGAUCAUCAAAAUUGCUAAACGUUAGCACAUUUGACUAAUUAUAUAAAAUAUUCUAUAUAUAGAUAUUGUUACUUUUAUA